UUUGUAUUUCUUUUUUUAACAAUAGUUUGAAGCAAGUUUUUUUAGAAUAAUGGUGUUUCGAGUAAGACAGAUUAUCACAUAUAAAUAUUGAAUAUAUGAUACAACAGCUAUGCUGGAUUUAAACAAAGGUAACAAAAAUAUAAUGCUCCCUAAAAGGGUUUCCCCAACCAUCGCCAUCUUGCACGUGGAAAUCAGAAAAUCCUGAAAAAUGGGAAAACACAAAAAAUCUAAGCUUAGGUCUGAUCCUUUGGUUGGUCGCCCCGCUCCCUUAACAGAUCAAAUAUUAGAGGAUACCUCAGUACGAGCUCCUGGACGAACGAAAGUGAGAGAAAGACAGGGAGAUGAAAUAAAGUUUGUAGAUGAUAAGUUGUCUAAGAAGAUCUUGAAGCAAGCACGUGAACAGCAGGAGGAGUUGGAAGAGGAGCAUGGAACAGUCAGUAACAAGAAGAAAAAGAAAACUGUAACAUUGGGUGCUGGUACAUCUCAGGAUUCUGAGGAUGAGGAUCUUGAGGAUGAAGACUUUCCAGCCUUGAGAGCUGCAGGAGAGGACCUUUAUGAAACUGUAGAAGUUAACGAAGACGAUGAGGAGGCACUGGCGAUGUUUAUGUCCCAUGAUGCACCAGCCAGGCGAACCUUGGCUGAUAUUAUACAAGAAAAAAUUACUGAGAAACAAACAGAGAUUCAGAGUCAAAUGUCGGACAAUAUGAGUGUGAAUAUGCAGCAACUUGAUGAGAGAGUUAUCAAUAUGUACCAACAAAUAUCAGAUAUCCUAUCUAAAUACAGAAGUGGAAAACUACCAAAAGCUUUCAAAAUUAUUCCAGCUUUAAAUAAUUGGGAACAGAUUUUAUACCUAACAAAACCAGAAGAAUGGUCAGCUGCUUCUGUGUACCAAGCAACAAGAAUAUUCGCUUCAAACCUUAAUGCAAAGAUGGCGCAACGAUUCUUCAAUUUGGUUCUUCUCCCUAGAAUACGAGAUGAUAUAGCAGAGUACAAAAAGUUGAAUUUCCAUCUUUACCAGGCACUAAGGAAAUCUCUAUUCAAGCCAGCCGCCUUCUUUAAAGGAAUUCUGCUCCCACUUUGUGAGAGUGGCACAACCACACUAAGAGAGGCAAUAAUCGUGGCUAGUGUACUGGCCAAGAACUCAAUACCAAUGCUGCACUCAGCAGCAGCUUUAUUAAAAAUAGCAGAAAUGGACUAUAAUGGAGCCAAUAGUAUCUUCCUUAGAAGUCUACUAGACAAAAAAUAUGCUCUCCCAUUCAGAGUGAUUGAUGCAGUGGUGUACCAUUUUCUACGGUUUGUGAAUGACAAGCGCCAAUUGCCAGUUUUAUGGCACCAAAGUCUACUGACAUUUAUACAGAGGUACAAGGAGGACUUAUCAAGUGAACAGAAAGACUCAUUAAUGGAACUAUUACGUGUACAUGUACAUGAACAGAUAACACCAGAAAUACGAAGAGAACUUGUGAACUCUAAGUGUCGGGGAGAGGAAGGGAACCCUGUACCACAGGAGAUGCAGUUUGAUUGACAGGAGUGUUUGGAUGUGGAUAAUGUGGAGUAGAGAAUAUAACAUGUUGAAUAUUUGUAGAUACAAAUAAAUAUUUGAUGUUAACAAUAUCAAUGUGUG